AUGAUGGGUUUUUACCAGGUGAAGUGUCAGGUCCUAAAAGGGUAUCGUACCCUGCUGUCUUCUUCACUUUAUCCUUUAACACACCAUAGUGGUUACCUAUACAGUGUAGAAAGUUACCCUAAAAUACAGCAGCUUAGAACAAUGAACUUGCAGUUUCUUCAGAUCAGACCUAGGAGUGGCUCAGUGCCCCUCAUGAGGUUUCCCUCAAGCCAGAAACUGCAGUCAAAUGAAAGCUUCACUGGGGCUGGGGGCAGGAAAGGGGCGUCCACCUCCAAGAAAGCUGUCUCACGUGGCGGGUGGCAGGAGCCUUCGGUUCCACACAUGUGA